UUGGAACGACUUUGCCAAGUUCGGUUGAAUUGUUGUUUGGAAAUUUUUGGAUCUACGAAGAAUGGUUUUGGAACAAAAAAUUCUGAUGUUGAUUUAUGCCUUCAUCUUGAUCCUCUAUCGCUUGUUACACAACAUGUUGGUUAUUUUCUAAGUUCUAACAGUUAUUUGACUAUCUGCAAUGAGGUUGCCAUACAAAAUACCAAUCUUUUGCAAAGUUAUGGGAGAUUGGACAGGAGGGUGCCUCAAUUAGGAGUAGCUUUAAAGGUUUGGACAAAAUGCUGUAACAUAAGUGGGGCUUCAGAGGGUUGGCUGUCGUCGUAUGCUUAUAUUAUUAUGUUGCUGCACUUUCUUCAAAGGCUUGAAAGACCAGUGUUACCUUUUUUACAACAGGUAGUUGAAUUCAUUUGGUUGGCUCCAAAUUCUCAGUCUGUAGCGGAGUUAUGGUUAGAAUUCUUCGCCUAUUACGCAUGGAAAUUUGAUUACGUCAAUGAAGUUGUACAGAUUCGUCACCCUAAAGUGCUUGUGAAGAAACGUAAAGGCUGGGACAGUAGUCCAUUCGCAGUGGAAGAUCCAUUUGUUCUUAACCACAACCUUGCAGCAACUGUUGAUAGUGAUGGUAAUUUGUCUGUUCCUCUUUUUAAAUUCUUUUCAUUUUCACUUCCUGGCUUCUACAAAGUGUGUUAA